AAAAGCAUAACCGUUGGUGUCAGCUGUCACGGCCAAACCCUUCACAGAACAAUCUGAGGUUGAAGCUUUUUCCCUCUGUUUCUCUCUCUGUUAAUUCAUGAUAACAGUAAGCUGCAAUGUUAAUAUUCUGAUCUUAAACAUCCACCCUACUGCUCUCUACCAGGACCUAAAACAGCCAUGUUCUUUACAGUAGAUGGCCAUCAUUGAUUUUCUUCUCUUUUUGUCAAAAAGGCUUGAUAUAUGCAACGUAAAACUGUCUCCAGAGCAGCAGCAAAUACUGAGCCAGGAGUGCGGUCCAGGACAUGUGAUUGAAAUAAGAGGAUUUGCAGGUACAGGUAAAACUACUACACUGAUUGAAUAUGCAUGGAGGAGACCUCACCUACGAUUUUUGUACAUCAUUUCCGCCAAGCCUGUUCCAGGGGAGACUAACCGCAUUUUCCCUCCAAAUGUGGAAUGUACAACCAUGCAUGCACUGGCCUAUCAGUGUAUAGGCUACAAGGUACAGUCCUUCAUAACCAGUUCCUUACAAACACUGCAAUCCACGUUUAUGACAGCUUCAGCAACAUUUCUGGGUAAAUCUUAGUACAUCUCAGCUAUUGGAGUUUUGUAAAGAAAGGCCAACAAAAGUAGCAAGGAGUUUUCAUUAAGUUUGUGACUUAAAGGAGCAAGGAAAUUAGCUUGGAGCCUUAGCCAAUGCUGAUCCAGUGCAGACAAUUGCUGUGACUGCUGUACUAACCACUCUAACUGCUUAAAUAGCAACCAUGACCAAGUUUGAAACCGAUUGAAACACAAUGACGCGGAAAUUGGCAGAAUGUUGUUAGUGAAGAGAAUGGUCUCAGGCUACAGUCUGAUAUUGAUCAGCUAGUAAAUUGGGCGGAUCAAUGGCAGAUGGAGUUUAAUCCCGACAAGUGCUAGGUGAUAUGUUUUGGGAGGUCUAAUAAGGGAAGGACAUAAAGAAUGGAUGCCUAGGGAGUACUGAGGAACAAAGAGACCUUGAUAUACAAGUCCAUAGAUGCCUGUAGGUGUCAGCAUAGGUCAACAGAGUGGUGGAGAAGGCAUACAGGAUAUUUACCUUCAUUAGCUGGGGUGUAGAAGAUAGGAGCACGGAAGUCUUGUUACAACUUUAUAAAACAUUGGUUAGGCAACAGAUGGAAUACUGUGUGUAGUUCUAGUUGCCAUGGUAAUGGAAGAAUGUGACUGAACUGGAGAGGGUGCAGAGGAGAUCCACCAGGAUGCUCCCUGGGAUGAAAAGUUCUCGGAUAUGAGGAGAUACUAGAUAAGCUGGGUUUAUUUUUCUUGGAGCAGAGGAAGCUGACGGGCGAUUUGAUUGAGGUACAAUCAAUUAUAAGAGAUCUAGACAUAAUAUAUUGUGAGAAUCUCUUCCCCAUGGCAGAUAUGUCUAAGACCAGAGGACAUUAGGUGAGGAGCAACAGUUUUAGAGGAGAUAUGAGAAUGAAUUGUUUUCACCCAGAGGGUAGUAGAAAUGUGGAACGGGUUGCUUGAGAGGAUGGUGGAGGCAUGAACUCUUGCAACAUUUAAGAAGCAUCUGGAGGACUUAAAAUGCCAGGGAUUAGUAGGCUAUAGACCAAGUUCAGGUAAAUAGGAUUAUUGUAGUUUGGUGUUUGUUGGUCGACAUAGACAUGGUGGGCCGAGGGACCAGUUUCUAUGCUAUAUGGCUCUAUAGAGAAUAGGAGCAGGAAUUGGCCGUUCACCCCAUUGAGCCUACUGUGCCAUUCAAAACAAUCAAGACUGAUCAUCCAACUUCAUUUUACUUCUGCCCCAUACCUUUAGCUGAAGAACUAUAUCUGACUCCUUCUUGAAAGCGUUCAAUAUUUUUGCCUCAGCUACUUUCUGGGGCAGAGGAUUCCGCAGUCUCACCACUCUCUGGGUGAAAAAAUUUCUCCUCAUCUCAGUCCUAAAAUGCCUACCCCGUAUCCUCAGACUGUGGUCCCUAUUUCUGGACUCCCUGGUGUCAGAAACAUCCUGACUUUACCCUGUCUCGGCCUGUUAGAGUUUCAUAGGUUUCUAUGCGAUUCCCCCUCAUUCUUCUGAACUUCAGGGACUAUAAAAUGCUUUGGGAUGAACUGAGGAGCUAUAUAAAUGCACGUCUUUUCUCCUUGCCUUUCUUGCUAAUAAUUUUAUGACACCAAUAGAUGGGAGAUUAUUUUCAGAGAUUUUUUUACCCCCUUCCAUAUUCAACACCCUCCAGUAGCCAUUCCUGUUUGUCAGCAGCCAACAAUGUGCAAACCAGUUCCCUACCAUUGAAACAUGAUGACAAAGAAACAAACUUUUCACUGAAAGUGUGAUCAGAAAUUGCAGCCAACACCCUGAAGUAUUGGUCAUGAAAGAAGCAUGACAGAUUUUAAUGAACGUUUUAUUGAACCAGGUAAAUGGAAGUGAUAUUCUGAGUUUGUACAAUGUGACGGUGGGUUUGGAUGUCACAUCUUAGUCUCAUGUUUAACUCAAUGAGCAGUGGAAAACUCUUGGCUGGGACUGUAGAGUCCCAAGUAAUGUUUCAAUCCAAUUUGUGAGAACAACUCUGGUCAUAACUGUCCAAUAUAACCAACAGGAACAUAGUGUCAAUUCAUCUGUUUUUGUAGCAGUCAAUGUGCAGACCCAUGACAGUGAAAGAACAGGAAUAAUUUCUAAGUCAGGAUGGUGAGUGGCUUGGAGGAGAACUUGCUUGGAGGUGUUCCCAUGUAUCUG